GGGAUUUAUAAAACCCUACUGAAAACUCUGAGACUCCUAGCAAUGGCGAGACGGCGGAGAGAUGAGGACGAGGAGUUCGAAGAUGACUACGAAGAAGAGUCGGGGCAGCUGAUGGAAGACGACAUGGAAGAGAAGGAGAGAGUUGGAUCGAGCCGGAAGCGCAGAAGAUCAGCGUUUAUUGACGAUGUUGCGGAGGAAGACGACGAAGAGGACGAAGAUGGUGACGAGGACAAAGAUUUUGGUGGGAGACGGCAGAAGAGCAAGCGCUGGGGUUCUCAGUUUCUUGAUCUUGAGGCACAGGUUGAUAGCGACGAGGAAGAGGAAGAAUAUGAUGGAGAAGACGGUGCAGAUUUCAUAGUGGAUGGUCGUGCUGACCUACUGUAUGAUGAAGAUGGUGGUAGAAGGAUUCAAUGUCGUCCAUUACUUCCCCAGGAGGAUGAACAAGAGGAUGUUGAAGCCCUCGAGAGAAGCAUUCAGGCAAGAUAUGCAAGAUCAAGUCACGUAGAAUAUCAUGAGGAGACCACCGAAGUAGAGCAGCAAGCCUUGUUGCCUUCAGUGAAGGAUACAAAGCUGUGGAUGGUGAAAUGUCUGAUGGGACAUGAACGGGAGACAGCUUUCUGCUUGAUGCAAAAGUAUAUUGAUAAAGGAUCUGAAUUGCAAAUCAGAUCGGCUAUUGCUCUUGAUCACAUCAAGAACUGCAUUUAUAUUGAAGCUGACAAGGAAGCCCAUGUGAGAGAGGCUUGCAAGGGUAUGCGGAAUAUAUUUUUAAAGAAGAUUGAGCUUGUUCCACUAAAAGAAAUGAGAGAUGUUCUUUCAGUUAAAAGUAAAGCAAUUGAUCUGUCUAGGGACACCUGGGUCAGAAUGAAGACUGGAACAUACAGGGGCGAUCUUGCUAAAGUAGUUGACGUGGACAAUGUGCUGCGGAGAGUUACAGUGAAAUUAAUCCCAAGGAUUGACUUACAGGCUCUUGCAAAGAAAUUGGAAGGUCAAGAAGUUCCAAAGAAGAAAGCACUUGUGCCUCCUCGUUUAAUGAAUAUUAAUGAAGCUAGGGAACUCCAUAUUCGUGUUGAGCGAGCGAAAGACCCACUGACUGGUGAUUAUUUUGAGAAAAUUGAUGGGAUGUUUUUUAAAGAUGGCUUCUUGUUUAAAACCUUGUCCAUGAAAUCAAUUAUUGCUGAAAAUAUAAAUCCUACUUUUGAUGAACUUGAAAAAUUUCGAAAGCCUGGAUAUAAUGGAGAUGAUGGUGAGGCUGGUUUUUCAACUUUAUUUGCAAAUAAAAAGAAGGGUUGUUUCAUGAAGGGAGACUUAGUUGUAGUUGUCAAGGGGGAUUUGAAGGAUUUGGAGGGUUGGGUUGAAAAGGUCGAGGAAGAGAUUGUCCACAUUAGACCAAAAUUGAAAGACAUUGCAAAAACUCUUGCAGUCAAUGCUAAUGAGCUAUGCAAGCUCUUUAAAGCUGGGAAUCAUGUAAAGGUUAUCUCCGGGAUAAUGGAAGGGGCAACUGGUACAGUUGUUAGGGUUGAAAAGAAUGUGCUCACUAUCUUAUCUGACACAAAAAGUGAAUAUAUCCAUGUUUUUGCUGAUGAUGUUGUGAAAAGUUCUGAGGUAACCACUGCUCCAACCAAAAUUGGAGACUAUGAACUUCGUGAUCUCAUUCUUUUAGAUAACAAUAGCUUCGGUGUAAUUAUACACGUUGAAAGUGAAGCAUUUAAGGUUCUUAUGGGAGUUCCAGAGAGGCAAAAAGUUGCUCUUGUCAAAUUGAGGGAGAUAAAGUGUAAGAUUGAGAAGAAGUUUAAUGUCCAAGACAAGUAUGGGAAUACCGUCUCUGGAAAAGAUAUUGUUAAGAUCCUUGACGGUCCUUGCAAGGGGAAGCAAGGCCCUGUAGAACACAUAUAUAAGGGAGUGUUGUUCAUCCAUGAUAGAUAUCACCUUGAGCAUUCUGGUCUCUUAUGUGCUAAAUCCAAUUUUUGUUGUAUUGUUGGAGGUUCACGUGCUAAUGGUUCUAGAAAUGGUGAUUCUUUCUCAAGAUUUGGCUUUUCCAAGUUUCUACCACAUAUACCCCCAUCACCAAAGAGAUAUUCUUGGGGAGCUCCCCCUUAUGAUUCUGGAGGAAAGCACGGAGGUGGAAGAAGGGCGCAUGAUUCUUUAGUUGGUUCUAGAGUCAAAAUUUGUCAGGGCCCUUAUAAAGGUUGCCAUGGGUGUGUUGUUGAUGUUAAAGGCCAAUCAAUUCGUGUUGAGUUAGAGUCCCAGAUGAGGAUUGUUACAGUUGAUCGCAAAAUUAUAUCUGAUAAUGUUGUUUCAACACAUUACCGUGAUGCAUCUCGAUAUGGUAUGGGUAGUGAAACUCCACUGCAUCCCUCUCGAACUCCACUACAUCCAUGCACCACACCUAUGAGAGAUCCUGGAGCAGCACCUAUACAUGAUGGCAUGAGAACUCCAAUGUCCGACCGAGCGUGGAAUCCCUACACUCCAAUGAACUCACCUAGGUUUGUUAUCGGGAAUAACUGGGAAGACGGUAACCCUGCCUCCUGGGGAACCAGUCCACUGUAUCAGCCAGGAGGUCCUCAGACGUUUGAAGCACCAAUCCCUGGCUCAGGUUGGGUUAGCCCUCCUAGUGGCAAUUAUAGUGAAGCUGGAACACCCAGAGAUAGCAGUUCUGCUUGUGUUGCAGCCAAUGCUCCAAGCCCUUUCUUGCCAUCAACUCCUGGGGAUCUGCCAAUGACACCAAGCUUGGCAUCCCAUCUUCCUGGAACAACUGGGGGGCAGCCUAUGACACCUGGAACUGGCGGUCUUGAUGUUAUGUCUCCAGUAAUAGGUACAGAAAAUGAGGGACCGUGGUUCAUGCCAGAUGUUUUGGUUAAUGUGCAUCGGUCAGGACAGGAAACUGUGGGAGUUAUCCUAGAGGUGUUACCGGAUGGCUCCUGCAAGUUGGCCCUGGGGUCAAGUGGCAACGGGGAAACAGUAAUAGCCCUGCCUAAUGAAGUCAAUGUAACACAACCAAGAAAAAAUGACAAGAUCAAGGUCAUGACCGGUUCCCUACGUGGUGCUACUGGCAAGUUAAUUGGUGUAGAUGGUACUGAUGGAAUUGUAAGGAUAGAUGACAAUCUUGAGGUCAAGAUAUUGGAUUUGGUUACAUUAGGAAAACUACCUUGAUAACCAUUGUGGCUGUUUAGCACUGAAAGGAAUUAUGGUUAUGCCAGUUGGGUGUCUCUUUUACUCUCUAAUUAAAUUUAUGAAAUUUA